AGUACAUGAUCUCCAGGCACACACCAUACAGCCCGAUCCCGUCUCCUCUGGUCGCUUUUGCUUCUCCUUCUCCUUCUUCUUCUUCUUCUUUCUUCUCCAUCACUCACAUCACCCUUUUCAAUUGCUGGAUAGCAGGCCGCUGGGUUCUGGACUUCAGGUGCCGAAGUGCACACGUCUCCUUUUUCUUCCCAGUUUGAAGGAAACUUGUAUCAACCUGUGAGGUUUUGUUCAGUCGACAGACAUGCCUUUCUCGCGGUUACUAGUCCCGGUGUGGGCCUUGGCGACGUUGGCGAUCGCUGCACCCGCUCCUGCUCCAGAACCAGUACCGCAUCCAAUGAUCACGCCCGCUCCAGUGUUGCACCGAGACUACCAACGACGAGACCUCAACCCGGGCUCAUACAUAAACAGUGUCAUCAGCGGCCUCGGGAGUGACGUGUCGUCGUAUAUCGCGUCGGGGGUCCCCCAAUUCUUCCAGGAUUUCCCUGUUGGUGACGAUGUUGAAAGUUCUCUCGGAAUUAACGACGAUGAUCUAAGAGCUACGCCAACACAGGCAUUGAACUUGCCAGCAUACGCCAAUUGGACUGACCAAGGUUGGAACGUUCGCGUUCAUGGCAACAUCUUCAAGCAACCCAAUAUUUCUCAAGAGAAAGUGGACGAUCUCGCCAACGUCUUUCUGAUCGAUGUCGACAUUGCGGACCUUCCUGCCGACCAGCAAAACCAAGCCAGAAACUUGACAAGGGAGAUCUUUAUCGUGCAGCAAGCCGACCAGAAUGUCACGAUUAACUUCGUCAACGACGUAACCGUAGAGCCAGGUGCUAGUGGUGGUGUCAUCAAUGCUGAAGGAGGCGCCCAGACCAUUCGGAUGCCGUACCCCACGACUGACGAGGGCGAUUUUGAUUCAUUCGUCCUUUUGGCCAACACCACCGGGCCGAAUGGAGGCCACUUGAUUGCAGGCAAUGCGACCAGCUCGAUUCAGUCACUGAACAUGUACGUGAACGGUACCGAUACAGGCAAUGCCACGGCCUACUUGGUUCCGCCUGAGGGUAUGACUAUUAUCUCGGAUAUCGACGAUAUCCUAAGGAUAACUAAGAUUUAUGAGCCAAAGGAGGGUUUGCUCAACUCUUUUGCCCGACCCUUCACUCAAUGGGAGAACAUGCCUGAUAUCUACGCCAACUGGAGCGCUUCAAUUCCUAACUUUCACUUCCAUUACUUGACAACAACCCCCGAGCAGGUCACUAGAAACUACAUGGAGUUCAUUUACAAGACUUACCCAUUAGGUUCGUUCGACACACGUCCUCUCAACUUCUCAGAUGUUUCUGCGACACUCCAGAUUCGACGUUUCCUUCUGGACAAGAUCUUCCAGACCUUCCCUCAGCGUAAAUUCGUCCUGAUGGGUGAUACCACAAACUCGGAUGUUAUGAAAGCAUACCCUGCACUUGCCAAAGACUAUCCGGGACAAGUCCAGUGCAUUUUCCUCCGCAACACCUCUGCGACUGACUCUGGCGAUCUGUUCCCAUACGACACGUCAGGUUUCGAGGGAUUAAACCAAACACAAUAUAUGUUCUUCCUCAAUGCUAACGACCUAACCAACCUUGACAUCGUUGGUGGCAACUGUUACAAUUCAACUAUCAAGCAGAACGUCACCUUCGGUUACCAAGGCCAAGGGUUUGGAAACGCUGCUCCCUCGCUUGGUUCCAGUGCCAGUUCCAUCGCUGUGUUGGCCGCAUUUUGGGCUGCAUUCGCUCUGUUAUCAUUGUAGGGGGUGGAUCCGUACGCUAGAUAUAUGAGGAUAUGGUAUGGCAUGAUAUACGUAUAAUAAUGUUUAAGGACUCUUUGAGGCAUUUUCAAGGCAAAGUUCGUGUCUCUAGGUAUUUGGCGACCGGCGUUUACAGGCUACUGUAUCAUAGGUUAACAAUACACGGUUGGCUCCUCGAGGAUACCCCAGGUUCUCCCCAUAUGAAGCAUCAUCUCAUCAUAGAUGAUCCUAUUGUCCAUAGUGUAUGUAGAUUUCUAGCUCAGACGUAAGUAGACUGUCAUAUUUUGAGUAAAUCAUCGUGUUGUGGUUCUUCGCCAUUAUAACUACCCAUCAAAGCUUUUCAUCUAGAAGAAGGCGAUAGAGAACAUUUCGGGUCUCGCAUCAAC